ACCCAAUUCGAAAUAAUUCAUCGUAACGCACGAAGGAAAGAAUCUUCAAGAAGAAUUUUUAAAUCUCUGUCGCAUCUCCCUCUUCUCCACCACCAUCGUCGUGUCCAUUCAAACGAGACUAAUAAUCGGUUCUCUCUCUCUCUUUCUUUCUCUCUCUUUUUGCCCGACAGUCGUCUGCGUCUGGGAGCGUAAAGAAGAGUCUGCUUCGGUAGUCGUGAGCUGCGCGCGAGCGAGUAAGCGCCCGCAAGCAUGUGUUCAUUUUUCGCUCGUAUCCAUUGACGAACUCCGAGUGAUAAAAUUUCCCUCAUUUUUUUUUUUUUUUUUUAUUAGGCUCGAGUGAAAUCCGGAAAAUCGAGAUGAGGUACCGAUCGCCGAUCGCAGCCUUAUGGGUGACUUUUUCCGUACUGCUGGCAAGUUGUUCGGGCCAAUUGCUGGAUGAUUACGCAUCGCGUCCUUUUGGAUCCAGUUGCAACGUGCAGCAGUGGCGCUGCGACGACGGCCAGUGCAUCUCGGGCGAGGCCCUGUGCGACGGCCUGAUCGACUGCAUCGACGGCUCGGACGAGACGCGCAAGAUCUGCCGGAGCCCGCGCAAUCCGCCCUGCAAUCCGCGCACCUUCCGCUGCGACUACGGGGCCUGCGUGGACGGCGACGCGCCCUGCAACGGCAUCAAGGACUGCGCCGACAACAGCGACGAGUCGCCCUCCCGCUGCGGCGGCGGCGGGGCUGGUGAUGGCAACAACAAUCCGAGCAUCAUCGGCAAUGUCACCUGCGGCGUGCACCAGUUCCGCUGCGACAGCGGCCAGUGCAUCCACAGGACGGACAUGUGCGACGGCAACGUCGACUGCAACGACCGAUCCGACGAGACGGCCCUCGUUUGCGGCUCCUUCAGCUGUCCGCAAACCGUGUUCCGAUGCGCCUACGGGGCCUGCAUCGACAACGAUCUCAAGUGCAACGGCGUGGUGAACUGCGCCGACGGCUCGGACGAGGACCGCAAGAUGUGCGGCAAUCCGCCAGCGCCAGGCCCGAACCCGAUCGACCCGUGGCAGCCGAAGCCGCCGAGCACGACCUCGACGACCUCGACUACUACGACGACGAGACGACCCCCCCAGCCGAACAUCCCGGUGGUGAACACGUGCGCCCUGCCGCCCCAGCCGGACCACGGCAGCUGGAUGCUCGACAAGAGGCAGUGCCAGGGCAACGCCAAGUACUCGGACUGCGACCUGGACUCGGGGGUGCGCGAGCUCGACGCCGGCCGCGUCAUCCUGUACAGCUGCCACAGCGGCUUCAGGCUCGUCGGCAACAACGAGGUCUUCUGCCGCUUCGAGGGCCAAUGGUCCGGUACUCCCACCUGCGAGAAGAUCACGUGUCCGGGCCUGAGCGACGAGACGAAGAGCGGCAGCUGCACGGCGGCCAAUGGCUCCUACGUGCCCUGCUCGCAGCCGAUGGAGCCGGGCAGCCGCGGCGAUCUCCACUGCAACGAGCCCACCUACCGCCAGGACACCACCGACAUAACGCGCAACAGCAAGGUGCUCUGCAGCCCCGACGGCCAGUGGUUGCCCAAGCCCAUCCUCUGCCUUCCAGUCUGCGGCCAAGCCUCCGGGAUCGACGGCAAGCCGCUGAUCGUCGACGGCCAGCCCACGACCAUAUCGGCCUUCCCCUGGCACGGGACCCUCUACCUCGACGAGAGCGGCGAGAAGCAGUUCAAGUGCGGCGCGACGGUGAUCCACAAGGAUCUGCUGGUCACGGCCUCCCACUGCGUCUACGACGACGGCCGCAGGCAGUACCGAAAUCCCAAGAAGUAUUACGUCGCCGUCGGCAACACCUUCCGCGAUUACGACAUGGCCAACCAGGGUGGCUACGUGCAGCGCUCGCAAGUCGAAAAAUUCUACUCCAAGUGCACGUACCAAGGACUGUCCGGCAAUUACGUCGACGACAUAGUCAUUAUAAAGAUCAAGCAGCAUCUGCAAUUCAGCUCGUUCGUGCUGCCGGUUUGCCUGGACUUUAGGACGCAGCACGAGAACCUGGCUUUCGAGCACGGAACCCUGGGUCGGGUGGCGGGCUUCGGCCGGACGCGCACCGGCCCGUCGAGCGCCAUCCUGCAGUCCUUGACGCUGCCCUACGCCAAUCAAGCCCAGUGCCAGGAAGAGAAUAGGAAUUCCGACAACUACAAGUUCUUUAGCGACAGUAAAUUUUGCGCCGGCUGGAGAAACGGUUCGUCCGUGUGCAGCGGCGACAGCGGUGGUGGUCUUGUAUUCAAACACCAAAGUAAGUGGUAUCUCCGUGGCAUCGUCAGUUUGGGCUUGGUCAAGGACCGAGAGGACCCGAACGCUUGCGAAAAAUACAGGUACACCCUCUUCGAAAGAGUAUCGAAACACAUUGGCUGGAUCAAAGACAUCAUUCAAGAGGUUACAAUUGGUGCGGCCGUGGACCACACAAAUUCAAGAUCUUGCACGAGAGACUGAUACAUCAGAGAA